AUGGAUUCAAAUGCAGAGAAAGAAUUAGAGAAACAUAUUCAGAAUCAAGUAUCAUGGGAUGCAUUACCAUUGCAUGCUAAAUCGAUAUUAGAGAAUUCACAAACAAAGUGGAAACAAUAUGUAAUAAAAUUCAGUAUUAAACAUCAACUUCGUUGGAAAACAAACUUGGUUAGAAAGUUUGUUAGUGAUGAGAGACUUUACUAUCAGGAAAUCGUUAGAUCAUCUGUAUCAAAAUUAGUUUUAUACCCAUAUCAUAUUAUAGAUAAAUUAGUUGGUUUAUUAAAUGUUACACCUUUUAAAUAUUAUUUAGUUAUGAUGACUGAAACAAUGGCAAAUUCAAAAUCAUAUGAUGAAUUACCAAAUUUCACGGCGGUAGAUUGUUUAAGAAUGUUGGGAGUAGGUCGUAAUCAGUAUAUCGAUAUGAUGAAUAAAUGUAGAACGAAAGGAUUUCUCUUUAAGAAGAAGAAAGACGUUAUAAAGAGUCUGCUACCCAGUAGAACCAUGGAGAAAUCUAUUGAAUACUGGUGGAUUCUCAAUGCUGGUUUGCACAUUGCCGAAGAGGAACGUGGUUGUUCACAAGAGGAACUAGAUAUUCUCUCAGAGUUGCGUGUCUCUCCCAAACAAGCGGGUAUAUUCGAUCGUGAAUCGGUACUUUCACUGCUGGCUCGUGGAUUGAUCUUCAUUGAUGUACCGAUCGCAAACUCUGACUUUAUAUCGGUGCCGCCACUCGAAGGAUUCGUCAUGAAUCGUGUCUCUGGCGAUUACUUUGAGAACCUACUCUACAAGAUAUUCGUAUCGAUCGACGAACGUACCAACAUUCAAAACCUAGCGGAACUCAUCCAGGUCGAUGAAGAACUCGUUAAACAAGCUGCAUCUCUCUAUUGUCGACUUGGAUUCGCCAAGAAAAAGAACUUGGAACCUUUAGUAAAUAAUGAUGAUCAAACAGAUUCAGUAUUGAUAAAAACAAAAUGGAAUCAAAGUUGGAUAGAUUAUAAUGCAUCAAUUUCAAGUAAUAGUAAUAGUGGAGUUAUAACUCAACAACAACAACAACAACAAAGUCAACAACAGAGUCAACAAGAAUCAAAUAUAUCUGAAGAAUCAACAUUGGAUGUAAAACCAAUUUUAAGAAUUGGUUUAAUAUUUGAUUCUUCUAUUAUCGCAUUCUUGAUGAUGGGUAAUCUUGGUUAUGGACUAAAGAAUCACGCUGUCACUAUGUUUGAGGUUGGAAAGCUGGCGAAUGAAGCACUCGAUGAUUUUCUUGGUGAGUUGGCCAAGAUUGAUAUUGGCGAGUUUGUCGAUGGCGAAGCACGACGUUACGCUACGAGUGCUGUUGCGCUGCGUGAUACCAUUCGAUUUCUCCGCUACAAUGAAAAAAUUCCGGCGACGAUGGCAGGCCUUGACCUGCUGAGUUGCGAGCGUAUGAACAGCCUAGAGGAAGCGACAAGACAGCGUGUACUCCUAAAGAACUAUGCAAUGUUGAUUUCGAUGUCACCGUUUGCCACCGAUAGUUGUCCGGUGAUCAGUGUUACACCCGCUCAUUUCGGUCCGGCAAUCUACGAGGCGGCAAGCAUCUGGUUCAAACUCUACGUCUACAGCAUCGUCGGAACCGGACCGAACAGUAUUCUCCUGCCGAAGGGCAGCAGACUGAAGAAGAUUCCCAACGUGUUUCGCGACUGUGAGAAACUGCGAAUCUGUUCGCUCGAUCACGAAUCAAUGAAUAUCAACUUGUCACAACUGCUUCCCACCGUAAACGAAGCGUUGCUGUCGUCGCCCGUCCUCGUCCAAGCAUUCUCCUACGUCAAAUUCGACUCCUCAACAACCAAGCAAUCGCGUCAUGCAUCACGUGAACAAACGAUUCGCGAACAACUAUCAAUCAUCGAUGUACCAUUCCCACUCGAUCCACUCCCAGAAACUACUAGUAAUUCCUCUGACAGUUCCGCUAAUUAUGUCAUCACCGGUGAAUACACAAGUGAGAAUAUGCAUCUACACCCGGAUGUAAGAAGAAUCGAUAACAUCUUUGAUCUAUCGCAUAGCAUCGGUUAUAUUUCAAUGUUGAGAAAAGAAGUACAUGUUCCCACCGAGAAUUGCUAUCGUACCACUUGGAUUCCCUAUAAUAUCUAUUUUGGCAUUCCUAUUUUCGAUGCAUCGCUCAACCAGCGAGUGUUUGAAAAGAUCGAGAGAUAUCAGCUACUCAGUGAAUCAAACAUUGCACAACACAAUCAUUGCAGUCGAGUGCUCUCGAUCAACCUUCUCAGAUUCAUAUCGAGUACAUGUCCACCGGUACAUCCAGAUCUAGAUGUAAUCGAUCAAAACAAAAUCAACACAACCCUACCAUCAGUACAAAAUCUACCUCUACCAACUCAAAAUAUUUCAUUCGUCAACGGUAGUUUAGAGUUUUGA